AUGCAACAGAACAGCGAAUUUUUAACAGAGGCACCGGGGAACGACCCUCACAUAUCUCAAUUGCACGGCAAUAGCGUGUUAGAAUCACAACUUCUGGAUGAUUUCCUACUGAACGGAUCUCCCAUGUACCAAGAUGACAGCAUGGCACAUAUCAACAUCGACGAGGCUGCUAAUUUCCAAAAUUUCAUUAAAACAGACGAGACAGACUCGCCCAAUUUACUAUCUUUCGAAGGGCUUGGUAACAGUACUCAUAGCAACCAGGACGUGUCCACUCCCUUGGAGGACGGGAUGGAGGACGACACGGCUCCGAAGGAGGAGGAAGACGACGAGAAUGAAGACAAGGCUUUCGAGAGAAACGACGCCAGCGGUUCCGCUCAUGACGACGUUGUCUUUGGCAGGAAGGAGGCGAUCCAGUCUGUUUAUAUCAAUGCUUUAGAUUUCGUUAAAGUGAGUGAAGAUCAAUUGCCUUUGAAAAUGGAGGUUUCAGGGCUACCACAGGUAUCCCGAGUCGAAAAUCAACUUAAAUUGAAGGUGAAAAUCACUUCAGAGACACCGCUAAGUCAAAAUAUGGUCUACUUGCCCAGCGAUUCCAUCUCCAGGGAAAAAUUUUAUUUGAAGAAAAAUAUUGACGAGUACUCACACGAUUUCAGGAAGAAUUUAUUGUAUAUAAACGCGUUUGUUCUUUGCGCUGUUAGCAACAGGACGACAAAUGUUUGUACAAAAUGUGUCAAGAGAGAGCAAAGGAGAGCCGCUAGAAGAAAAUCAGGAAUCGCAGACAACCUCCUAUGGUGCAAUAAUAUCAACAGAAGGCUAGUCGUGUUUAAUAACAAGCAAGUUUUCCCCAUAAUGAAAACCUUCGAAAAUGUUAAGGAGUUCGAAUUAACCACCAGAUUAGUUUGUUACUGCAGGCAUCACAAGGCGAAUAACGGGUUUGUGAUCUUGUUCACCUUAACCGAUUGGCAAAAUCAGCUUUUGGGUAAAUACACAACAACACCCAUCAUGAUUACAGAUAGAAAACCUGCAAAUAUGGACACUAAUAAAUUCAGUAACACUACCACCACUUCUAGAAGGCAAUUAACAGAAGAGGAAUCUACCACAGAAUAUUACUCAACUGACACUAACCAGUUGAGCAAGGACGAUAAUGUGCCCUUUCAAUACACCUACCACCAUAACCCAUACGAUAAUGAUGCUCAAAUGAAUAAUAUUCCAUUGAAAGACAAAAAUGUUCCAUUCCACUAUUCAAUCCCGCAGCAAUCCGAUCUAUUACAGAAUAACAAUCUAUCACUGAACCUUUCUCUACCCAAUCAGCAUAUCCCGUCACCAACGUCCAUGAGUGAAGAGGGCUCAGAGUCAUUCAAUUAUCAUCACCGUGAUAAUGAAAAUCCCGUCCGUACCAUCUCUUUGACCAACAUCGAGCAACAAAGUCAACUGAAUCAAAGGAAAAGGGCACGUAACAACCUAGAAAAUGACAUAGGCAAACCCCUGUUUAAACAUUCCUUUUCAAACUCAUUCAGUCCAGCAAAUACCAUGAAUCCAUCCUUACAUGCAAUGCAAGACUUUUCAGCAAAAAAUAGCAACAACACCUUACCAUCAAUCAAUCGUGUCAUUCCUUCACAAGGCCCAAUUAAUGGUGGUAUCGAAGUUACUUUACUAGGUUGUAACUUCAAAGAUGGGCUUUCUGUUAAAUUUGGUGCCAACCUUGCCCUUUCCACACAAUGUUGGAGUGAGACGACUAUCGUCACUUACUUGCCUCCUGCAGCCUAUGCAGGUCAAGUCUUUGUUUCGAUUAGUGACACAAAUAAUGAAAACAAUGCUGAUAAUCUUCCUCAGGAAAUUGAAAUUAACGACAAUAAAAAGGCCAUAUUCACCUAUGUUGACGAUACCGAUAGACAACUAAUCGAACUAGCUUUACAGAUUGUGGGGUUAAAGAUGAAUGGUAAGCUAGAGGAUGCAAGAAAUAUCGCCAAAAGAAUUGUUGGUAAUGACUCUCCUGACAGCGGUGCAAAUAGUAAUGGCGGCUCAAAGAGCACAGGACCAUCACCAAAUCAGCAUAAUGCGACCUUGCACACCAGUGUUCGUUAUUCCGAUGAAGUUUUGAUUCAAAAAGUUAUAAAACCACUAAACACUAACUCAAAUAUUUCCAUUUGUGAUUCUUUGGGAAGAACCUUAUUACAUCUUGCAUGCUUAAAAAACUACUCGAGCUUAGUAUCUACAUUGAUUAAAAAAGGCGCCCGUGUCGAUGAUAUCGAUUCGUUUGGGUUGACCCCAUUACACUUCGCAUGCAUAAGUGGUGAUCCUAAAAUUAUCAAAAUGCUAUUAAACUGUAAAGCUAAUUAUUUACUAAGGGCACACAAUGGAUUAACAGCAAGGCAAGUAUUUAUGGCCAACCACGUUCACUUAAAGGAAGAUGAAAAACAAGAGAACAAGGGCAAUCACAAGAGAAAUAAUCUCAUUGUAUAUAAUGAUAACUAUAUCAGUGAAGUGUUGACGUUGUUUGAAGUUUUUGAAGACGGAACAAAAAUUGACAACAGCAUAGAGACAGACAGUAGUUACUCUAUCAGCAGGAAAUACUCACAAUCCAGUUUCAAUUCAAGCCUGUUAGAUAACGAAUCUUUUAACGAAAACUUAUUCGAGAAUCAAAGCAUGAUAAAUUCAGCCCUCACGGAAACUCAACAUCCUGUUUUUCAAUUAUUUGAGAAUUCAAGUUAUUCUGAAUACGAUCAGAGCGAUUUUGAGGAAGACGGUGAUGAAAACCUCUUUGUUGCCGAUGAAAUAGAACAAUACAGGACUGAACGCAAGGAGGAAUCAAGGGAACUUUCCGACAUUGGAACUAACAUUAAUGACUCCACUGAGGACAACGGGAACACGUCACUCUGGAAUAGAGUUUUACACCGCAUUAAUGAUGAUUUACCUAAAUAUGAGGAUUUGUUCCCACUAUCUUGGGGCAAAGACGAUAAAUUGAAAACUGUGAACCCAGAAAAUGUUGUAGAGCAGUCAUCAUCUAAUGUGGAAAACUCCGAGAAUUCAGAAGAAGAAGAUUAUGAGGAAGAGGAGGAAUUUUUGAAAAAGCAAUUUAACAGAUUCUUUCAAAACAAGCAAAACUUCCAAAAUGAUAAGAUGUUAAUAUUUUUCUGGAUUCCCUUGACCUUGCUGCUUUUAACGUCGUUUAUCAUGUAUAAAUUUGGCAAUCAAGACAACUCCAUCAACCAUAUAAGUGAGUUGAUUUCAGAAUACUUAAGAAUUGCUUUAGCAAAGUUCUUAUUAGGAAAUGAAAGAAUGAAAACUGCAUUCAGGUCAAAAUUAUCGAACCUGCAAACAACAAGAAUGUUGAAUGACUUAAUUGUAAGUUAA